AUACAUACACACACACACAUAUACACAAACCAGGCCAUGUAUGCCCUUGAAAAAAAAAAGAAGGAAAAAAAAGGCGUCUUGUGGGCGUAUGGCCUUUUGCGUUUCGGGUGUCAACAUGGGCUUCAUUGGGUUGCUUAUACUUGGGUUGACCUAUGAGUCGGUGUUUCCAUGGCAUUGUGGCCUUUUUUUUGCUCUGACACGCCUCGCUCAGCCCUUCUCACGCCAUGCGAGAGGGAAGAAGGCUUCGUCGUCGUCGUCGAUCGACUCGUCGGCGGCGGCGAUGCGCGACGACGGUGACCCGGGCUUAUCUCGACGAGAUAUAGGUAUAUAUGUGACCAUGUUCGGGCGAUAUGUCCAAGUUCGGGCGAUGAAACACGACCGGCCAUGUAACCUCUCCCCAUCCAGCCUCUCCAACUCGCCCGUUGCCCGACCGUCUCUCCAUCUCAGCCUCCUCUUUUUUAGCUUUCUUCGCCACCGUAUCUCUCAAUGCCCUCCAUCGCGUCUGUCCACGACCCCUACUCCAUGCCGAGCUGAAGCCUUCCACCCAAAACCCGCCGGGGUUGCCUGCGAAGCAACAGAGUAACCUUUGUGAGACGGCGGGCCACCGAUCCAGACAGCGUGGCUCCCCACGGCGGCUGCAACCAAGACCCCUUCUCUCGGUACUAUAGACGAGCA